CAUGAGCUUCCCAUUCAAAACCCUAGCUAUAAAACUACAACGAAAACAUCUUCUUUAACCUGCUAGUGUUUUUUUAAGGCCGAGUCUAGCUCUCAUUUGCUCUCUGCACUCGAACUCGCACUCGCAGCAGCCAUGUCUAGAAGGAAAACUAGGGAGCCCAAGGAGGAGAAUGUUACCCUAGGACCUGCUACACGUGAAGGGGAGCAGGUUUUUGGUGUGGCCCAUAUUUUUGCAUCGUUCAAUGACACAUUCAUUCAUGUAACUGAUUUGUCUGGAAGGGAAACACUUGUUCGCAUUACUGGGGGCAUGAAGGUGAAAGCUGAUAGGGAUGAAUCAUCACCAUAUGCAGCCAUGCUUGCAGCUCAAGAUGUUUCUCAAAGAUGCAAGGAGCUUGGCAUCACUGCUCUGCACAUAAAGCUGCGGGCUACUGGAGGGAACAAGACUAAGACUCCUGGUCCAGGUGCCCAGUCAGCACUUAGAGCCCUUGCACGUUCAGGCAUGAAAAUUGGUCGCAUAGAGGAUGUGACCCCAAUUCCCAGUGACAGUACUCGCAGAAAGGGUGGCAGAAGGGGUAGAAGGCUGUGAUUCCUUGUCAUAUCAGAUCAAGUUGAUUCAGCUGCUAUGUUUGCUUGGACUUUGUUAGUCUAAAUGCAACCAUAUUCUUGACUUCCUUAGACAACACUUUGUAGUUUUGAAUUUUGAUUUGUUUGCAUCUUAUCAUUUAGUUGAAGCAAAAGAGAUUUUUUCUCAAGUUCCAUUUAAUAUUUUACCAUAUGAUUUUGUGAAGCAAAGAUCGAUAUGCAAGUAUGCAACAUACAAUUUGUGUUGUCUUUA